GCGGACGGACGUGUGUUGGAGGUCACAACUCGCUGCCGAACCAUCAGGUUUUCCUCUUUUGCACCCCUUCUUUCCUGCACCCCUUCCUCGCUCUUCUGCACCCCUUCCUCGCUCUUCUGCGGCGGCGGGAUGGCCUCCGCACACGACAGAGCGGUGCUCCAGGCCAUCUUCACCCCCACCUCCCCUUUCGGAGACGUUCCUGCUUUGAACCAAGAGGAGGAAUUAGCUGAUGAUGACUCGGGCUUUGACGCCGAGCUGCUGAAGCAGGCGAGAGAGCUGGAGAUCCGGGGCGUCUCGGCAGCAGAGGCUGGGGAUUUACAAACGGCACUUCAGCAGUUCAGCCAAGCAAUCCAGAUCCUGCCAGUCCGAGCCUCGGCCUACAACAACAGGGCGCAGGCCCUCCGCCUGCAAGGAGACACGGCAGGUGCCUUGGAGGAUCUGGGACUCGCCAUCUCUCUGAGCGGAGGCAGCGGGCGAGCUGCAUGCCAGGCAUUUGUGCAGAGGGGCCUUUUACUGAGGUUGUCAUGUCAGGACGAUGAAGCCAGAGCGAGUUUUGAGAAGGCAGCUGCCCUGGGUAGUGAAUUUGCCCGACAACAGGCGGUGGCGCUUAAUCCUUAUGCCGCCCUAUGCAACCGCAUGCUGUCAGAAGUGAUCAAUAAACUACGCGACCCUGAGGUGCCUGAGACGCAGUAGUCAGAUCAUUUUAGAUACCAAAUGCUGCUGCCUGCACACACCUCAUGUUUAAAGAUGCAGCUGAUAUAGUUUGUAGUCACGUAAAUGAGUUGAAAUGAUUUGUUGUUUUGGUCCUGUGUGCCAUGACAUGCUAAGGGUCACAUGUAUUAAAACAACUGCGUAUGUUGUAACUCACA